UUCAAUAUACCCAUCGUACUCAUCUAGCACCGAGCAAAAUGGGUUCCAAAACAAUAGUUUUCUUAGGCCUUUUGGUGGCUAUUGUUCUUCUCAUUACGUCGGAGGUAACAGCAAGAGAUUUGGUUGAGACUUACAAGGAAACUAAUGCUGAACAAAUAAAUGGAGUUGAGAAUGCUGGUGGUGGAGGGCACCCAGGAGGCAAAUUUGGAGGAAACCAAGGCCGUGCACACGGAGGAGGCCCUGACGGGGGGUACGGUGGAGGCCAUGGCGAUCGAUACGGCAAAACUUGGGACAAUGGAGGUGGGGAUUGGGGGCCAUGCUGCAGGUAGAUAUUAAGAUAUAUAUGGAGAAGGAAAUCGUGGUGGCUGUGGAGGCGACUGUGGUUAUGGGAUUAUGGGGUAUUCUAGGAAAAUCAAAGCCUUUCAAUAGUAAUCAUUGUGUCAUAGUAAAAGGUUUAAUUCUGAAAAUGGACAAACAAAUUGAAAGUGAGAAAUUAUGAAUUAGUAUUUGGAAGCAACCUCUCUCUGAUCUUACCUUCAAACAGAUCUCGAACCUGAGAUCUGUUGGUUCAAAGAGGAGGUUUUUUUUUUUUUUUUGGUACGUCGUAAUUUGGCUACAAGAGGAGUUGGUAGUCAAUUAGUAUUCAUAGUAGAAAAGUAAAAGGGCAUCCCAUUUGUAAAGGUGAGCAUCUCUUUCAAAUAUGGCAACUAAGCAUUAAUGAAAUGAAAAUGAUUUUCGCCCCAUUUAUCAU